CAAAUGAUUGCAGAUGCUGUGUUUUCUUAUAUUAUUUCUACCUGAACUUGCCUUAUCUCAAACCUUUGGCUCUGUUGAGUUGACAUCAUCAGCUACAGCGGUUUUUCAGGAACCUGUUACACCAGAACCAACAGUGACUAACUGGGGUGUGUGGGGUGAGACGUGUCAGUACAACUCCAUCAUGACAGCAUGCCAGAAGUCACGUGAGAGGUUUUGUACUGUAGUGGUUAACUCCACCCGCUCGUGCAGUGAGACUCUCCAGGACUUCACUGACUGUCCAGAUGACCAAUGUGAUAGGUGGUCUGACUGGGAGCAGUGGUCACAAUGUGCACAGCCAGUUGAUGACCGUUUGUCCUGUAACAAGGAAAGGGAACGACAUUGUCUGCUGUCGGGAAAAUUAUGUGCGGGGGAGAAUAUGGAGGUAUCGGACUGUGGUAGGCAGCAUUGUGCUCCAAAGUUCAAAUCCCACGGCAGACAAGUGAGUAGGAUAUCAUACCGCCGCAGCUUCCUCCUUGUCUGCGAUGUGGAACCAUCCAGAACAGUGGGGUAUCAGGGCAUGGAAGUUAUGUGGAAGAGAGACCCUCAUUAUAUUUUAUCAGAUCUCACUAGGGCCGAUCCUGAUACUCUUAGAUACCAAGACGAGCUGACGGAACAUGAGACGGGUAUUUACACGUGUUGCGUUAGAAACGAGUUCGGGACACGUUGCCGUGACAACUGGGAUGUGAAACUUAGUGAUCACGGACCCGUAAGAAGCAAAGACCGUGUUGUGGAUGACCUGUUGAGGUUCACAGUUGAGCGAGGCAAGAACAUUACUCUUCAUUGCUAUCUGGAGGGUUACAAACUCGAGUACAGGUGGUUCAGAGGUGAUGGUGAAGGGAGAAACAUUACAAUCGUAAAGGGAGAAAGAUUACAAUCGUUGCAAAUAACGAACAUGUCAAAAGAUAAGCAAGGAAACUACUCGUGCUGCGCGUUUGACUUUGAGUUUGGCAACUCUCUGUUUUCACAAGGAUACGAGAUAUCUGAAUCGGAAAACACCCAGCGAAAGUACCUGAUAAUAACGAUAACAGUAAUAUCGCUACUGAUAGUGAUACUAGGUCUUGUUCUUUAUAUUACAUGGUACUACAAACUGUUAGCUCCCAAACCACCCCCAAUAUCAACGAUACCAAGACGACACAACAAUGUAGUUUUCACACCGGACAUAGAUGACGACGACGCAAGUGGUGUUUACGAAGACCCUGAUAAUAUGCUCUACGAAGAACUGCCUGAUGGGCCAGGUUACAUGCAAAUGGCUGAACCAAAUUGUAAAGGAAACUGUAGAGUUUGUUUUGUUUUAAAGACCCGAGGGCCACCCUUAUAUUUAUAAGGGCUUUGAAACCGGUUUAUUGACAAUAUAAUAUAUAAAUAAACUGAAAUCGUAACAUUCAUGUCAAUACUAACUGAAAUAAUAUAAUCUGUAGUUAAAAUAAUAAUACUUUCUGUCACUUAAUUAAGAUAUAUGAU